AUGAAGUUAGUACUCCUAUUCACGACCUUAGCCGUGCUAACCACGGCUGUGGCUCAAGAAGAACACCCAGACUGCAAGUACCAUGGCGAGACCUACAAGUUCCAGGAAAGUUGGCCCAACAACUGCGCGCGCUGCACGUGCUUACAGGCUUCUACAGUGAUUUGCGGUCCAGACAUCUGUUCAACGUGCAAGUACGGAAGUCCUACCAUGUACUAUCCCCAUAAGGGAUUCUUCCUUGACGGCUGUAAAACUUGCGAGUGUUAUGACGGGAUUGUCUCCUGUACUAAAGAAACUGAGUUGUGCGAGAAACAGGCAGCAGAGGAGAACGCAGCAAGAAUAGCAAAAGAAUUAGAAGAGAUAAGUGAUGCGGAUCUGAGAUUGUAGAGGUUCACCUGGAGAGGCAAAUUUAGUUGAUUUAGAGAAGACUGGCGAAGUUUUAGGAAAGAUUUGAGUAGUUAAACGGAAAAGAUCGACAGAUUUAUGAAAAUUAAAUUUUGUUAGUUUCGAAGUUUGUGAGAAUAUAUAAUACUUGAAUGCCUGCAUUGUGAUUUGCGAACAGUUUUGUGCUUUUGAUAAGUGCAUCAUAGCGAAUAUUGGGAAUCUUUCAGUGAAAAUUACUUUUAUAGAUGAA